GAGCGCUCUGAUUGGUCGGCGCUGGGGCGGUAUAAAGGGAGGCGUGGCGCGUGGGCACCCUCAGUCGUCGGCGAGAGCGAGCGGAGUGAGUGUGUGCGUUUGUGCGGCGGAGCGGAUCGGCCCGAGUUCAGCCCCGGCUUCACCUCGGCCCACCCAUGGAGUUCAAGCUGGAGGCGCACCGCAUCGUCAGCAUCUCGCUGGGCAAGAUCUACAGCGCGCGGGGCCAGCGCGGCGGCCUGAAGCUGCACAAGAACCUCCUGGUGUCGCUGGUACUGCGCAGCGCCCGCCAGGUCUACCUGAGCGAACCGGGCUGCCCUCCCGAACCGCCCCCCGCCGCCUGCGGGCCGCCGGCACAGCCCGCUCCAACUUGUCCCGCCGCCUGGGCGCCCGCGGAGCCGGACGCGCCGAGGCUCGGGCGGCCAUCGGCCGACGCGGACUGCGGCAGCUCCCGGCCGGCACGGCGCUGCUCGUGGGGCGGCUGCCGCUGCGGGGCGGGCGCUGAGGGGCCCCGCGAUGCCGGGCGCUGCUGCUCCGUGCCCCCGCUGUGCCCCCGGAAACGGAGCGCCGCCGAGAUGGAGCAGCAGGGCUCGCCCGUGAAGAAGCCGCGCAGAGAGAUGGAGGAGUCGCCGCCGCCCCCGCAGGGCGAGCAGGAGGACAUGGAGACGGGCAACGUGGCCAGCCUCAUCAGCAUCUUCGGCUCCAGCUUCUCGGGACUGCUCAGCAAGGAGCCGCAGGGCCGCCGGCGGCCGAGCCUCAACGGCAGCGAAGAGACGAACGCGGAGCCGGGGCAGAUCUGUUGCGAUCAGCGCGUGCUGCGGACCCUCAACCCGUGGAGCACGGCCAUCGUGGCCUUCUAACCGCCAGGAGGGGCACGGACAGACCCGGAGCUGCCCCCCUCCUCCUUCCUCCCCCCCUCCCGGCCCCGCACGGAAGAACAGCGGGCAGCAGCACUUCCCCUUCGCCGGGCCCCGACCGUCGGCAGCCGCCCUGGGAGCGGCCCGACCCGCCCGGAAUUCCCCUUCCCGAUCCCCCGCCCCGGGGCGCUCCCAGCGGGGGAUAUUUUAAGCUUGGAAAGUAUUAAAUUUAUUAAAUAAAGUGUUUAUUUUGGAAAGGUUUAGGGCAGAACUGUUACAUGGUGCUUUUAAAAAGUGGUUAUUGGAGAGAAGCAGAAGUUUACAGACGCUCCGACGGAAAGUCCUCGUGAGCCGAGGUUGUUAGGCUCGGGGAUCCCCGGCCUUUGUUGUAUAAAGGCUUAGGGGUCCCGUAUUGGGGUAGGGGUGGGAUGGAGGGGGGGUUUGUACAGUGUUCUCUUCGGUGAUGUAUCUCGUUUUGUAUGAAAUGUAUUGCUACGUGUGUGACACGUAUUAAAUAUUUUCGACUGUAG